CCCUCUCGUCAAUUUCUUUCCUCUUCCUUCUCACUUUUUUUUGUCUUUCUGAGGAGAGGUGAGGCAGUCCCUUCUGGGAAAACCAAAACCCACAUACCAUAUCAAAGAAUUGAGAUUCAAGAACACACAAACAAAUAGAAACCCAAAUAUUAUGCAUUGAGAGAAGAGAAAGGAAGAGGUAGACCUCAGGAGAGCGUUUUUCUUUUUCUUUUCAGGAAAAAAAAAUCUUUCCCUUUUUCUUUCUAUCAAUUUCCUUGCUUUUGCUUUGAGAUCUUCUCUUUCUCCUCCUGCAAUGCCUGCUCUUUGCCCAACAGUAAAGUAAAAUCCCAAUUAAUUUUCUCUAUUUUCUUUUUUUCUCUCAGAAGACAUCCCACUUGGGGUUUGUUUUUCAAAGAUUUUUUUGUAUUUUUUUUUUUUUUUCCAUUUCUUGGUUCUGUUUUUAAUCUUUUGUUUGCGGGUGUGAAGAAUUGGGAUUGGGUUUUUUUUUUUUUUUUUUUUAAAAAUUUUUUGGUUGUGACCAUAUAUACAUAUAUAUUUGUUGGGUUUAUUUUUCUAGGGUUUGUUCAGAUCACCCACUAGAAUCAACCCUAAUUUUGUGGGUUUUAUAUUUAUAUAAAAACUAUUAGGGUUAUCACUGGGACAGCACAGAUUGUAGAUACACUGAGCAUUAUUGGAUUCUUGGAGGUCUUCAGUCUUCUUUCUGGUAGUGUGAAACAUUGAUAGCUCUUGCAAUUUGUAUUGCUAGUUUUGGAUUUCUUUGGACUUAGAGGUUUUGGGUUGAGUUGGGUUGCUUUCUGAUCACUAGAAACUCAUUCUGCACAAGGGGUUGCUGAAAUUUUGGUUUGGAGAUCGGAAGAAUUUGCUUUUUAGCAGUAGGCGGUGAUGGGGAAUUGAGAGAGUUUUUUGCAUUUCAAGGUGCUGGUUCCUUUUCAGCCUAUUAGGCGUUACAAAGGAUCAGAUUGCUGUGGACCUUCCUCAUUUAUCGGGAAACCAUCCGGGUUGACGUAGUGUUGGUUACAUUAGAGUUGGUCAUUUGAUGCUUGUGGAUGUGUGGAAUUUUGCAGUUUCUGAAAUUGGAUUGGCUGAGGGGAGGAUUUGGUUCUCAGCUUUCAGACAUUUCUGGUAUAAUAAUAGUGGUGCUGUGAGGGGGUCAUGGAGUGACACCCGAGCUGGAAAUGAGUGCAGGGACAUGGUGCAUGGACGAGAGUGUAGCUUCUGGUCUGUUCCUGUCUUGGAACGGCACCACUGGAGACUAGGAGAAGCUUUUUGGUUGGUAGGAGCGCACUUUGCGAAUUCUGGGAUCACAUGCAAUGUCUCGCUGCUUUCCGUUUCCUCCUCCAGGAUAUGAAAAGAAGACAAGAAGUGAUGAUACAGACUUACUUACCAAGGAGAAGCGCAAAGAGAAAAGGCAUCAAAAAGAUAAGAAGGACAAAGACAGGAGAGAACGUAAAGAAAAAAAGGAUGAAGAGAGAAGCAAGGAAAAAAACAGAGAGAAGAAAGACAGAAAAGAGAAGAAAAAAGACAAGAAAGAGAGGAAUAGAGAUAGAGAAAAAAACAGGACCUCAGAUGAGAAGAGAAUUGAAGGGAAACCAGCAAGCUAUAAUGGGGAGAAGCCUCGUCCAAACAACUUGCCAGGUGUUGAGAUCAGUAAUUCUAAAAUUGUGCAGGAGUUGGGCCGGAGACUUGGAGAUAAAGAUAAAAUUGUUGGAAGUCCGAUGGUUCAGAAGGUUACCCUUACAGAUAAGGGAAGACCUGAAUUGGAGGGAAGUAUGGUGGAGAGCAAUAUUGGCAAUUCGGCUGAUAAAAAAAGGAAGUCUAAAGACAAAAAUGACACUGGAAAGGCCAAUGGACAAGGAAAUAAGGUUGAGGCAAGAAAUCCUGAAAAUGCAGCCGCCCAUAACUCUGGUUGGAUGGAUCAACAAAGAAUUGAACAGGGCUAUAUUGGCACUUGGUCUGAGGAAAAAAGGAAGACUAAUGACAAAAAUGAUGCUGGGAAGGCCAAUGGACAAGGAAACAAAGUUCAGGCAAGAGUUUCUGAAAAUGCAACUGUCCAUAACUAUGGUUGGAUGGAUCAAAGAAGAGUUGCACAGAGCAAUAUUGGCAACUGGGCUGAGGAAGAAAGGAAGUCUAAAGACAAAAAUGAUGCUGGGAAGGCCAAUGGACAAGGAAACAAAGUUGAGGCAAGAGGUCCUGAAAAUGCAACUGUCCAUAACUCACCUUGGAUGGAUCAAAGAAGAACUGGACAGAGCAUUAUUGGCAAUUGGGCGGAGGAAAAAAGUAAGACUAAAGACAAAGAUGAUGCCAGGAAGGCCAAUGGACAAGAAAACAAAGUUGAGGCAAAAGGUCCUGAAUCUGCAACUGUACAUACCGCUGCUUGGAUGGAUCAAAGAAGAAUUGAAGGAAUGCAGGUUGAGAAGAAGGAUGUGGAGAAGCAGGUGAAGGUGAAAGAAAAUAAUGAACACAAUGGAAGUCAUAGUAGAGGCGAUAAGAAAAAGGAUAAAGAUCGAGAAAAGAAAAGUAAAUCAAAGGAUAAGCAUAGGAAUAAGAAGGAAAAGAUGGAGAAAAUGAAGGGAAAAAGGGAACCAGAUACAAAGCAGACCAAAUUAAAAGGAAGCGACCAAGCCUCCAUAGAUACUCAAAAUAUUAAAUCAGAAACUCUUUUGAAGGGCAACAGCAAGAGUUUUGCUACCUCAGGAAAUCUUGGCAAGAGAAAGGAGCACGAGACAAAUGGACUUUUUCAUGAAAAUCGCAUGCAGCCUAAUAAGUUGCCAAGACCCAUCGCUUCUUCCGAUCCAAUUGUAGAAAAUGGAUGGAAAUCAGAUCCAAGCCAAAUAAUUACCCAAUUUGCACCUGAGAAGCAGGUGUUGCCAUUCAAUCAUAAGGCUGAUAUCAAGGAGCACAAGUUUAAUGCUUUGGCAGAAACUCAACAUUCCAACUCAGCCUCAAUGAACUCUUCAUCUACUACUGUACAAACUACUGAGAAAUGUGAAGCAUCUGCCAAACAGCCACAUCCGGAUUCCAAGUAUCUGAGCCAGAUACUUUCUGUACCUAAAAUAGAGGAAUGUUCCAAUUUUGAUGACCAGGAAUGGCUAUUUAGCAGCAAAAAUCCUCAGUCAAAGAACAUGGAAGUGGGUUCUUUGGGGUUUGAUGGAACAAUGCAGGUGUGGGCUGAGGCAUUGCCAAUAAAAUCUGCUGAUGUAUCUGCUCUGCCAUAUGUCAUUCCAUAUUGAAGAGUGUAGACCUGUUGAUUUCACUUUCUAUUGCCCCUCAAAUGUGGCAGUUCCCCAAAGGAAGCUUCCAGGAAGGCAUGCUAACAUCUGGGCCUGACUUCAUCAAUUCUUACUGCAUUCUCCUUUUAAUUAUCCUCUCCCAGAUCAGUUCUUUGAGUUGGUGCAUCAGGGAAUGGUUUAGAGAGGGGUUUCGCAGACCCAUUCGAAAGUUACAUGAAACAGAGUGUAGAAUUGCAGAAUCCUGGUUAGGUGUACUUUUUCAUUGCUUAGAGAGCUUUAUAACUUACCUUUAUUCCAGCACUUUUAACAAUUUUGAUUUGUAACACAUACAUCUGAACACCAAAUGCAUAAUAGAGAAAAGAGCCUGUUUCAUUCAUUUAA